AUGCGAGUUGGAGGAGCUUAUGGCGCAAAGGAAACCAGGUGCAACUUGGCGGCCUGCGCCGCUGCUCUAGUCGCCUUCAAGCUGAGACGCCCGACCAGAUUUGUGCAGACCAUCGAGUCCAUGAUGGAGACCCUUGGCAAACGUUGGUCUUCUCGCUCGGACUAUGAGUUCCGGGCAAGGGCCAACGGAUCGAUCUUCAUGCUAACUAACAACUACUACGAGGAUGCCGGAUGCAGUAUAAACGAGAAUCCUGUGGAUUUUUUGACACUGCCAUCCUUAAGAAAUGUUUACAAUGUUUUGUUUUAUAAAAUGAUAGAACUCUUUCCACGGUUUCUGGAAACCACUGAGUACCGCCAGCGACGGGCCCAGGUCAAUCUUUUUAACGCACAGAAUCGUUGGCGCAAACGUGGUUUGGGUUUGGCCCUAAUGAAUUUCACUCUUAACACUACAGUGGCCUACACCUAUCCGGUCAAGGUGGCCAUCUACCACGAAGAUGGAUCGGUAGUAAUCUCACACGGCGGCAUAGAGAUUGGACAGGGUGUGAACACUAAGGCUGCCCAGGUAGCAGCCUUUGUGCUGGACGUGCCGGUGAGUGGAGCCAACUCCAUGCUGACAGCCAACUCCAUGACCAGUGAAAUGAGUGGUCUGGCCGUGCGGAAAGCAUGUGACACUUUGAACAAGCGAUUGGAGCCACUUAAGCAACGACUGGGAUCCCAAGCAACCUGGUUGCAAGUCCUCCAAGCUGCCUACUUGGAGUCCGUUUUCCUUAUCGCAAUGGAGUCAUACAAGUUGGGAGAUAUACCGAACUACAACAUCUAUGGGUUAAGUCUAACCGAACUUGAGCUGGACAUCCUGACUGGCAAUCAUCUGAUCCGUCGAGUGGACAUUCUUGAGGAUGCUGGGGAGAGCUUGAGCCCUCUGAUCGAUGUUGGUCAGGUGAAAGGUGCUUUUGUUAUGGGUUUGGGGUACUAUCUUUCUGAGUUGCUUGUCUACGACCGCCAAACGGGUCGCAUCCUUACAAACCGAACCUGGAACUACCAUCCUCCUGGAGCCAAGGAUAUUCCAAUUGACUUUCGCAUCGAACUGCUGCAGAAGAACCCGAAUCCAGUGGGAUUUAUGCGUUCGAAGGCCACUGGUGAGCCAGCUUUGUGCCUGGCUGUUGGAGUUCUUUUUGCCAUGCAACAUGCCACCCAGUCAGCCAGGAAAGAUGCAGGUCUACCCAGGGAGUGGGUGCGGUUAGGAGCACCAACUACGCCGGAGCAUUUGCGCUGCAGUAAUGGUAUAGAAUUUGGUUUAGUUAAGUUGUUUUCACAAAGUUUUGUGAUUUAA